CAACGUUCCUGCAAGAAACCACCAUAAGGUGGUGCACUUGAGUGACUGACAGCGAGAUGAGCAUGGAGGGCAGUAGAAUGAAGAGGUUGUGAUGCAAAAUCUUCUAGUACAACACGAUGACAUCAUGCUCAUGGUCCUCGUCUGCAACUACCCUCGUUCCUCUCGUCCCCGUGCUUCAACAUUCAUUCGGUAGCGUGCGAUCGACGAGAUGGCUGCAAAUAUCACGCCCCCGAGACCGACGGCGAAAGGAAAGGGGCCGCACCAUUACGUACCCAAUCAAGCUUCGUCCGCCGGGCCAACGUUUAUGCUUUGAGGAGAUUAAAAGAUAGAAGAGUGAAAAUAAGUAGCGUAGGUUUUCUGAUCUAGGUUCCAUCUUUGCCAGGCUCUUCAGCAGCCGUCGAAGUCUGCCACAUUGGAUGGUAGAUCCCAACCUAACCUAAAUAAAAAUCAAUGUGCAUUUAUGAUUUAAUCAUAGUUGUGAAUGCUCAUCUCCACCUCGAGGUGAGCCCAGUCCCGUCCCAUAGGCUCAGGCAACGUCGUGCUUGCAGUUGCAAGAACAUCAAAUACGAGCUAUGAUAUCUGCUCUAAUACCACCUCCAGCUCGUCCACUGCUGGUCGUUCGGGCAGCACUGCCACCUCUCUGGCGAUGACCCCAGCUGAAAUGAACGACCACAUGGGUGUCAACAUACCCGAAGCUUUCUACUCACCUCAAGCUCCAGCAGCCUUAAGGCCUACGGAGCUUCCUGGACGAGUGGGAGUUACAGUGCUUGGACUGGAAAAGCGAGAAGACGCACUGCAGUCUUCUGUGCGUGAACUAGUUGAGCUCGGCGCAUCACCAUCGAGAAGUUCAAGCUUCAAUAAUUUUACGGCUCACACUACACUCGCUCAUCUUUUACUACAGUAUUAAGUGCUUGUUCUUAUUUGACGUCUUUGCAGUAGAAGUAGAACUCGUCGUUUAUUUGCUCUUCGUCCUUGAUCAUGCCUUCUACCAAUUACCUUGAGGGAUUAGAAUCCUUCAGUUCUGCAUCUAACUUUCCCAGACAAGGCGGUGGUGGUGCUCUUUCUACGGCAUCUACCGCAACUUCUAGAGAACAUGAGGAGCAUCAUCAGAAAAUGCGGCAGGAGUACUACAACGAACAAAAUGUGGCUGCUCCUGACUCCUCUGCAGCCAAGAAACUGAAAAAGAAGAAGAACUACAUUAGUCGGACACAGACAUAUCCCGGAGGACCACGUGGACCACCUGGUGCUCAAGCAUACCUCCAUAGUACCUCUACUUAAGGCCCAGUCUAAUCCAUAUCGUUAUCGUCCAUCUUCGCUAUAGAGUGAUAUUCGAGAUCUAUAUCAUUCGUUACAAUAUUUAUUAGGUUUAUCCCGUGCAACAAUAUAUCACUCGUUACCUCCCGUGGUCUUGGCUAUCUUCAUACUACUGGCAAGGCUAUGCUUUGUCCUUAAUCAGAAGUCAAAAAUCUAGUCCCUUAACUUCCCUAGCGCUAAUCUACGCCACCACCUGGCGGCACAGCAUCUGGUCGCUCCUCAGGUGUUGCCCAAAGCGCUCCAAGAGGAGGAGGUGUGAAUCGAGCUUACUCACCAGAGUUUUACGAGAACGAGAGCAAUAUGAAGACAGUCUUCAGUUAUCAUGGGAUACGUGUUGAUGGGGGACAGCAAAGCCUGUUCCCAGACACGCCAGAUGGAGCUAGUAGUUCGAGUGCUGGUGGAUUAGGGAGAGCGACACAACAAGAUUAUGGAGAAGAAUUUUUGAGUGGAAGAUCAACACGAAGAUGUGUGUAGUUCUUGUCCAUAUGGAGAUUUCUUUAACACGAAGCCACAGGUUCUUGUUGUGGAGAAAUCAGUAUCUUGUCAUGUGAGACAGUAGAUGCCAUGUUCUUAUUUUCUCGCAAUCAAAUCACCUCCUUGUUUUCAAAAACAAGCUCUCUUUCAUAUCCCACAAACGCAGCGAACCGAACGUUCCCUUUUCUUUGUGGUCCUCGGUUUUGUCGCCGUUUCCGUGGGGAUAGGGAUACUCGUUCUUUGGUGCGACCUAGUGCACGAUGAGACGCACAGCAAGAAUCUGCACAAUUACACGGGCUGGUGCCACGCGGGGUUGAUAGACUACAUUCCGCGAUAUUUUUAUGCCAGUUAUAGCGUGUUUACGAUUACGAUUUUGGCCAUAUUCCUGUCGCAACAUCCGUCAGUGCGACGAGGGAUUCGAGAAUUCAAAGACGCAGUGAGAACGAAGUACUCUCAUAUAUUAUUGAAUUUAAUUUUAAAAAUCACUCCAACUCCAUCUUGUUCAUCGAGUUGUUCUGAGAAUCAACUUCAACAACAUUUCGAUUUUGUAUCGUAUCUGUCUCCCUUACUUCUCCCCCCCAGCUGCUUUCCCCACCGCUAUCGGGCACUAGACGAACAGGAGUCCACCUACACUAUGGCCGCCAGUCCGUGGAUGAAUUUUCAGCCUGGAAGGCACACCUCUGCAGCCUUUGAGACGCCUAUUCCAACGCCUUUGGUGCCGCCUGGUGGGUUGAGGCAAGAUAUGCUUAUGGAGGGUCGGAUUUUUUUUCAUACAUAAUCAAUCAAUAACAAUGUUUACUUUGUUGUACUUGUACUAACUAGAAGGAGGACACGAUCAUACGUCUUUUUAGUUACCUAUCACAUGGGAUGCAUGUGGAAAUGGAUAUGAAUCGAUAAUGAGUGACUAGUAACAGUAAGUAGAGGUGGCAUGGUUACUUACGGUGAAUAUCUUCCCUUUUUCAUGAAGGAGCAAACAAGAGGGCGCACUGAAACGGGUCGCGGAACGUCGUCGAGGAUAAAGAAGGUACUAUCUCUUUUUGAUCUCGUUGUGUCUCUUUACAAUGAUGCAUCUUCAAAGGAGAACUACAUAGAGCGUCUGAUAUCUGCAAAUAGGAAAGCAAGUCGCUACAAAGCGACAUAG